AUGCAAAAGGUAGGUGCUGUGAGGGGAGGCGCUGAGAUGGUGAGUGCGAUGAGGGGAGGUGCUGAGAUGGUGAGUGCGGUGAGGGGAGGUGCCGAGAUGGUGAGUGAUGUGAGGGGAGGUGCUGAGAUGGUGAGUGCUGUGAGGGGAGGCGCUGAGAUGGUGAGUGCUGUGAGGGGAGGUGCUGAGAUGGUGAGUGCUGUGAGGGGAGGUGCUGAGAUGGUGAGUGCUGUGAGGGGAGGCACUGAGAUGGUGAGUGCUGUGAGGGGAGGUGCUGAGAUGGUGAGUGCUGUGAGGGGAGGUGCUGAGAUGGUGAGUGCUGUGAGAGGAGGUGCUGAGAUGGUGAGUGCUGUGAGGGGAGGCGCUGAGAUGGUGAGUGCUGUGUGGGGAGGUGCUGAGAUGGUGAGUGCUGUGAGGGGAGGCGCUGAGAUGGUGAGUGCUGUGAGGGGAGGUGCUGAGAUGGUGAGUGCUGUGAGGGGAGGUGCUGAGAUGGUGAGUGCUGUGAGGGGAGGCACUGAGAUGGUGAGUGCUGUGAGGGGAGGUGCUGAGAUGGUGAGUGCUGUGAGGGGAGGUGCUGAGAUGGUGAGUUCUGUGAGAGGAGGUGCUGAGAUGGUGAGUGCUGUGAGGGGAGGCGCUGAGAUGGUGAGUGCUGUGUGGGGAGGUGCUGAGAUGGUGAGUGCCGUGAGGGGAGGUGCUGAGAUGGUGAGUGCUGUGAGGGGAGGCACUGAGAUGGUGAGUGCUGUGAGGGGAGGUGCUGAGAUGGUGAGUGCUGUGAGGGGAGGUGCUGAGAUGGUGAGUGCUGUGAGGGGAGGUGCUGAGAUGGUGAGUGCUGUGAGGGGAGGUGCUGAGAUGGUGAGUGCGGUGAGGGGAGGUGCUGAGAUAGUGAGUGCUGUGAGGGGAGGUGCUGAGAUAGUGAGUGCUGUGAGGGGAGGUGCUGAGAUGGUGAGUGCUGUGAGGGGAGGUGCUGAGAUGGUGAGUGCUGUGAGGGGAGGUGCUGAGAUGGUGAGUGCUGUGAGGGGAGGUGCUGAGAUGGUGAGUGCUGUGAGGGGAGGUGCUGAGAUGGUGAGUGCUGUGAGGGGAGGUGCUGAGAUGGUGAGUGCUGUGAGAGGAGGUGCUGAGAUGGUGAGUGCUGUGAGGGGAGGCGCUGAGAUGGUGAGUGCUGUGUGGGGAGGUGCUGAGAUGGUGAGUGCCGUGAGGGGAGGUGCUGAGAUGGUGAGUGCUGUGAGGGGAGGCACUGAGAUGGUGAGUGCUGUGAGGGGAGGUGCUGAGAUGGUGAGUGCUGUGAGGGGAGGUGCUGAGAUGGUGAGUGCUGUGAGGGGAGGUGCUGAGAUGGUGAGUGCUGUGAGGGGAGGUGCUGAGAUGGUGAGUGCUGUGAGGGGAGGUGCUGAGAUGGUGAGUGCUGUGAGGGGAGGCGCUGAGAUGGUGAGUGCUGUGAGGGGAGGUGCUGAGAUGGUGAGUGCUGUGAGGGGAGGUGCUGAGAUGGUGAGUGCUGUGAGAGGAGGUGCUGAGAUGGUGAGUGCUGUGAGGGGAGGUGCUGAGAUGGUGAGUGCUGUGAGGGGAGGUGCUGAGAUGGUGAGUGCUGUGAGGGGAGGUGCUGAGAUGGUGAGUGCUGUGAGGGGAGGCACUGAGAUGGUGAGUGCUGUGAGGGGAGGUGCUGAGAUGGUGAGUGCUGUGAGGGGAGGUGCUGAGAUGGUGAGUGCGGUGAGGGGAGGUGCUGAGAUGGUGAGUGCUGUGAGGGGAGGUGCUGAGAUGGUGAGUGCUGUGAGGGGAGGUGCUGAGAUGGUGAGUGCUGUGAGGGGAGGUGCUGAGAUGGUGAGUGCUGUGAGGGGAGGCGCUGAGAUGGUGAGUUCUGUGAGGGGAGGUGCUGAGAUGGUGAGUGCUGUGAGGGGAGGUGCUGAGAUGGUGAGUGCUGUGAGGGGAGGUGCUGAGAUGGUGAGUGCUGUGAGGGGAGGUGCUGAGAUGGUGAGUGCUGUGAGGGGAGGUGCUGAGAUGGUGAGUGCUGUGAGGGGAGGCGCUGAGAUGGUGAGUGCUGUGAGGGAAGGUGCUGAGAUGGUGAGUGCUGUGAGGGGAGGUGCUGAGAUGGUGAGUGCUGUGAGGGGAGGUGCUGAGAUGGUGAGUGCUGUGAGGGGAGGCGCUGAGAUGGUGAGUGCUGUGAGGGGAGGUGCUGAGAUGGCUGGCGGGGCGAUCAUCAAGGCAUGGAACGCGGCCAAGCCGGGAAUCUCCCAGGACGUCGUUGCAUACGACUCUGUGGGAUCAGGCACCGGAAUCACCGGCUUCAACGGCGGAACCUACCUCAUUGCCGUCUCCGAUGAUCCCAUGACCGCGGCGCAAGAGGGCGGCGUCGUCGCCAGCGGCAAGAUCACCGUGCCGCUCUGCGUCUCCACCUUCAGCUUCUUCGUAAACGGAAAGCCCGGAAUCGUGCUCACGGCCACGCAGACGUUCCAGAUUUACAGUGGCGCCAUCUCCGCCUGGUCGGCCGUUCCCGGCGCGGUCGGCAAGGUUGCGGGCACCAUUACUCCCGUGGGGCGCAGCGACAAGUCCGGCAGCACCGCCAUUGUCAAGACCAUGUGGUCUAAGGCUGUGUCCGGGUACAGCGGCGGCACGGACGGCACGGCCAUGGCUUACGCCGGCGUCACCAAGGUGGAGGGAACGAGCGCCGUGUGCGCCGCGGUGCUGAAAACCAGGGGCGCGAUUGGCUACGCUUUCACCGGCGGCUGCAGCGUCGUGCCUUUCAACGCCAGGAAGCCCAACAACCCGAAGCGCGUGAUCGCCGCGCUCAAGAACGCCGCCGGCGUCGCCGUCGCGCCGCCGUCAUGGGUCCCCGGCGCGGCGCUCGUGGGCGCGCCUCCCGCAGCCGACGGGUCCUGGAGCAACGUGGAUUUCAUCUGGAGGGGCGGAGCGAAGACCCCUGCGAUGGUGUCCAUGGAAUACGGGUUCAUCCGCAAGUCGCUGACUGGCGUGACUGGCGGGAAGAUCGCCAAGGCGUUCAUGCAGUUCAUGAUCGGGAAGCUGGCCAAGGGUGGGUAUGGGUUCAAUGCGGUGCCUGCGGGUUGGAGGAACCCGUCCAUUGCCAUGGUGAACGCCAUUGCUGCGUAG